GUCGCUAUUCGCACCUCCUCUCUAUCUUACAGUAUCUCUCUUGGAUUGCAACUGGAACAGGAGUCCUUUUUGCAACCAUUUUCUACAUUGGGACAAAAGAACCUCGCAAGACACGUGAACGAAAACCUAGCGCAUAUGUUGAUAUGAGUGUUGGCGGAUUAUUCAUGCUAGCGUUUGAAGAGGAAAACCAAAGCUCACGAAAAAACAGUCUUGCUCGUUCAAUCAUUGACAUGUUUGUGACUUCGUCGAAUGAAAAAUCAGACCAGGAGGAAAAACGACAUCAAGACACAGAAGAUCAUGAAAAUCGUCGGAGGAAAAGAAGCGUACUGCAGAAAUUUGUUGAAGUUUUAUUUUACGACGAGGAAGACGAGAUUGAUCAAAGUUCAUCACAAACUGAGACUGAGAAAUCAUCUCAGGAAGAUCCACAAAGCGAGGGCACAAGGAAGCAAAUGAUUCUAGGACUACAGAAGUUAGACCGUGAUCGUAAAAAGAGCUUGUUAGUGCGUGUUAUUGACGGACUGCUAUCUAGAUCAGACCACAUCCAACCAGAAGAGAUGUCAACUGAGAGCAUCGAAAACCACUUUGCAGUCGACAUUGGAAAUGAUGAAUAUACAACUGGUGAAAACUACUGGAGACAAGAAAGUCUCCAGGACAAUCAAAGAGAAGACUACCGGGAAAACAACAAAGAAGUAGAUUCAGUUCACAGAGAAAUAGAAAUUGACGAAGAAGACAAGCCUACAUUGUUUCCAGCCAAAUGUAGACAACGAAAGAGCGGAAUCGUGUCGGUUCCAAUUGAGGGACAACUAGGUCUACCAAACUUUGGUUUUGAAGAAGAAGGAAGUGAAGAAAUACAGGAAAAAUGCUCCAGCGAUACUUCAGGCCUUCGAAGGCAAAAAAAAUCUGUCACUUUCAGCUUGUCGGAAUUGCCUGUCCAGCCAUUAACGAACGGAAAUGGGGGAAACGAUGUCAAACUGGAUGCGUCCGAUGAGAAGCUGCCGACCGUCACAAAAAGAAGUCAGGAGGAAGAUGAAGAAACUGAAUCUGUUGAGGAUAGCUGCAAUCCUUCAGCUUCAGAAGAUAAACAGGAAGUGCUUGGUCUUCCUGUUUCAUCACCAAUUCAUCCAGUGAAGAAAACACGUCCUAAAACAAUCAAACACUGGCUGAGAAACCCAAACUUGUAUAAGGUAGGGAUUAUCUUCACCUGUUCACGCCUUGCAAGAAACACAGUUUUCACAUAUUUACCACUGUUUCUCACAGAAAGACUAAACUUUGCAAAGGAAGCCAUUGCGUAUUUUCCAUUGGUUCUUAUGAUAAGUGCAGCUUUCUCAAGCAUCGUUUGCGAAAAACUGAACAGGAAGAUUGGAAGCAAGUGGAGUUACCUUCUGGCAGCUUCCCUUGUGAUAGGCGGUGUCGUUUGGAGUUAUUUUCAAACUCCCUCCAUCAGGAAAGCCACCUAUGCACCAGUCAUAAUAAUGGGAUUUGGCAUGUCCGUUAUGUAUGUAAUGGCGCUGGCUUUCAUCACUGAAUUGAUAGGAGAAAACAAGGACAGCAGUGGUCUAGUGAUUUCUAUUAUAACUGUAAUCGCUAGAGUCUCAAGCGGUGGCUUAGUGAUCGGCAUACAAAGCUUUUAUCCGGAAAAAGACUCGAACUCGAAUGGAGCGAUUAGCAAUUAUGUACAACACGUCUUUGUAAUGGCGCCUGGGAUAUUAACUCUGGUUGGAUCCUUGCUGGUUUUGUCGUUACAACCUUCAGUGUUGGCUUGCAAUACUAAAGCACUAAACGAGAACACGGAAAUUCAGGCAGGCGAAGACAAAUCUGUAUCUGAUGAGGUUACUCCGCAGUCUUCGUCCAAUCAUACAGCAACACCAAACGUUUCCCAAGAAGUCAACCAAAAUACUACCACUAUGGUUUUGAUGCAUUCUUUUCCUCAGGAUACCAAACUUUAGACGUCUAUGUGUCGUAUUCAUUGUGCAUAAUUUACUACAUGACUUAAAUGUGUUAUGUUUAUAUCCAAAUCCGUCCUUAUCGACUGCACUACUGAGGAUUGAUUUCUUAUGACGAUACUUGGGACUUAUUUUACUUUCUCAUCGUCAAGGUACAAAAAGUACCCCUACCUGGUUUUAAAUGGUGUUCUACCUUGCCGCAGAACCAGAUUUUGUAAUGCACUCUUGGAAAACUUCUAUGUAUGUUACACUGUAAUGUCACAAACCUGUACGUACGUGCGUAAGUACGUUGGAAGAGCGGAGAUACUGGAAAUACAAAUAUGUUCAGUUUCUUUGAAGCUUGCUCUCUCAUUUCUGUUCUUAUAAAGAAGGUAGUUGCCUGCCAGCUAUAACAAAAAAUU